AUUUAAGGAGGAAGUUGAAUGAACUUUUCUAGCGAUUCAGUAGACCUUUCUGCACUAUAAGCUGUGACAACAUGAAACAUUGCCUUAUACUGCUCUCCAGACAUCACUGCCAGAACAGCAUGAGCUGCCUGCAAGAUGUCUAAGCCAAAGCCAGACCUGGAGUUAAACCAUCUAGUACGUGAAUCCUCUUCACAGCCUUCCAGUCAUAAGCUCUCUACAGCCAACAAUACAUCACUUCUCCCCAACGUCCCCAACCUCUGCCCGUCCAGUGGCAAUCAGGUUCCACUUCAAAGCCAGAUGUCAGGUGUGGUCAACCCCAGCUUUUCUAAGGAAGAGGGUCCCAACAACUGGCCUAGAGGGAAUUCUAAAGUGGGCCCUCACCCUGCUGUUAAUGUAGAAGAUGUUGAUUCUGAUGUAGACAACAGUAGCACCAAUAGAUCUCAGCCAGUUCCACGUGCCCUCACACCAGCUUCAUCUUACAAGAGCAAGACACUGACUGUGCCAGGGGUUCCUAUCUCGAUUCGAAGGAAGAAGCUCUAUUCACAAGGUGACAGUACUGACGAUGGUGAGACACCAGUCUGUGCUUGGCCUAGUCAGUCCAGCCUGCAAACUGAUGACGGGGACAAAGAACGACCACCAUCUGUGACCAGCCAAUCCAGUGCAAUUGUUACUGAGCGCCUUCAGGAGCUUGUCAGACUGUUCAAGGAUAGGACAGAAAAAGUGAAGGAAAAACUGAUAGACCCCGAGUCCUCCUCAGAAGAUGAAAGCCCCUCAGCAUCUCCAGCAAAGCCAGCCCCUUCUGCUCCUGCUCCUGCACCUCCACUGACAGAGGAGCCAAAACCACAGGAGGGAAAAAUAGCACCAAAGGAGGAAGAACAUUACUGUCAAAUGAUGUGCUGCAAGUUCAAGACCAUGCCCUGGAUGAGACGAUUGAAGAAAUGGAGUUUCCCUGAUAGCAUUGACCCAUUUACCAAUCUCAUUUAUGUCCUGUGGCUUUUCCUUGUGACUUUGGCCUGGAAUUGGAAUGUGUGGUUGAUCCCCGUAAGGUGCACUUACCCCUACCAGACCCCUGAUAAUAUCUACAUCUGGCUGGUUGUGGACUACCUGUGCGACUUCAUCUACAUCAUCGAUAUGUUCCUCUUUCAGACACGUCUGCAGUUUGUGCGGAGCGGAGACAUUAUUACUGACAAAAAAGAAAUGAGAGACAAUUAUUUGAAAUCCUUCAAAUUCAAGAUGGAUAUGCUUUCACUCAUUCCUCUGGAUUUCCUGUAUUUUAAAGUUGGAGUGAAUUCUCUUCUACGACUGCCACGUCUGUUAAAGUAUAUGUCUUUCUUUGAGUUUAAUGAUCGUCUGGAGGCAAUUCUCAGCAAAGCUUACAUCUACAGAGUCAUCAGAACAACAACCUACCUCCUGUACUCUUUACACUGCAACUCCUGUCUCUACUACUGGGCAUCUGACUAUGAAGGGAUUGGAUCAACCCGUUGGACAUAUACUGGACUAGGGAACAGCUACAUUCGUUGCUACUACUUCGCUGUGAAGACUCUGAUCACAAUUGGGGGGCUGCCUCAUCCAGUGACAUUGUUCGAAAUCACUUUCCAGCUUCUGAACUACUUCAGUGGGGUCUUUGCUUUCUCUAUAAUGAUAGGGCAGAUGAGGGAUGUGGUUGGGGCUGCAACUGCUGGAAAAACAUAUUACAGAGCAUACAUGGACGGAACCAUUAAGUAUAUGAACAAUUAUAAAAUCUCCAAGGAUGUUCAGAAUCGCAUUAAGACCUGGUAUGAAUACACAUGGAAAUCCCAGGGGAUGCUGGAUGAGCAAGAAUUACUGGUGCAACUGCCAGACAAGAUGAGACUAGACAUUGCAGUGGAUGUCAGUUACAGCAUCGUCAGCAAGGUGCCACUCUUUCAGGGAUGUGACCUUCAAAUGAUUUAUGACAUGCUGAAGAAGCUAAGGUCGGUGGUGUAUCUGCCAGGAGAUUAUGUCUGCAAGAAGGGUGAGAUUGGAAGAGCGAUGUAUAUCAUCAAGGACGGAGAAGUGCAAGUAUUGGGUGGUCCAGAUGGAAAGACGGUUUUGGUAACACUGCGAGCUGGAUCUGUCUUUGGGGAAAUCAGCCUGCUUUCUGUUGGAGGUGGUAACAGAAGAACAGCGGAUGUGGUGGCCCAUGGAUUUGCUAACCUCUUCAUCUUAGACAAGAAAGAUUUAAAUGAUAUCCUAAUCCACUAUCCAGAGUCACAGAAGCUGCUGCGGAAGAAAGCCAAAAAAAUGCUCAACAAAAACCAGAAAACUAAAGAGGCAGCAGAAAGGGCAAAACAUGUGAUUCGUCCUAGAGCUGAAACCCCCAAACUUCUCCAAGUGGCUGUAGCAGCUAGUAAACAGUCUGGAAUUGAAGGAUCCCUCACAAGAAUUCAGCCACGACUGCAGAAGUCCAGCUCCUUAGAGCCAUCCACUUCCCUAAAGCAAACACCCUCUCCACAAGGAAUGGCAGAAGAUGACAACCAGGAUGCAGUAUCUGUGUCCUCAGACAGCUCCACGUUAAAUUCUACCAGAGGGAAAAACCUGUCUGUAGAAGUGUCUGCAGAGGAAAAAGAGACAUCCUAAAAAUAAGCAAUGAAAUCUGAGGAAUGCAUGAAAGAGAUUCCUUUUGGGCAGCACUUUGUGGUUCUUGAAUUUCCAGCUGUCGCGAAAAGAGGAGUAUCUUCAAUAAUCUAGUAAUCUAUGCUAGUUUAAAACACUAUGGCAGUGUAACUACAGAUAUUGUAUAUCAGAAACAUCAGCUGAAUAGAGCUUUAAAGUGCACAGGUGAUCAGCUAAACUAAAGGUUACAUGUAGACUGGCAGCUUUGUUUUACUAUUUAAAGUUAUUAUGAUACAUGAUAUCAUUUUUUACUAUAAGAAAAUCACAUUUCUGUCUUACUUUUAUGGCAGUUCAUUUUGGCUGCUUUUUCUCUUUUUCCUUAAAAGGAAAUAGAAAGUGAAUGUUAUUAAGCAAUACUAAUAUUAGUGUUGUCACUGGCUACUUAAUUACAAGGCACACUAGUUGGCCUGAAGCCACUGAAAGUUACAGAAAGCAAAAAAACUCCUUUACACUGGGCACAAUAUGUCUGUAGAAUUCUGACAUGAUAUAUUAUUGACCUUUAUCUAAUCAGUCUAAUCUAAUCUAAUCUCCAUUGUUCACUGAUUCUGGAAAUGUGUGUACUGUAAAAUAUAAAAGACUUUUUUGAAUGUUCAAAUGUUAUAUACUGUUCCUAUAAAUAAAAUUCAUUACUGCUCUUAUAAAUAAAAUUCAAUAGAUAUUUCUUAA